CAUAGCACAGCCCAGCCAAUAACGAAGUUAGGCCAGCCACCAAGAAGCAUAUCACAGUGGCCGGUCCUACUUGACUACUAGCCACCUCAGCAACCAGGAAAUACACACCAACCCCCACUGUGCAGCCCACACCCAGGGCCACUAAAUCCAGAGUGCUCAGGCUUCUACCAGAUUUAAACUCGUGGACUUUUUGUUCCAGCAGACGUCUGUGUACCAACUUUUCACCAAACUUGUGGAGUGCUUGAUGCAGCAUUCUAGCUGGAAUUGAAAAAGAUUCUAAGGUUCAGAGAGCUGUAGCAACCUCUGGGAGCCAAGAUUGUUAGAUCUGGUUCAGUGAGGCUGAACAGGACAUGUUGAGAAGGGCCCCAGGAGGCAGGUGUUUUGUGCUCUGGGGAGUCCCUUGUCCCUUCCACACCCGGGCCCCAAGCCUGGCUGCUUCCCAGAGCAGAAAGUUCAUGAGGGGCCCCACAGUAUGGUCAUAUGACUCUCUGCUGUUCACUCACCUGUUUUAUGACUUGAGUGUUCUGGCCCUACAGGCCUCCUUGUUAUUCCUGAAAGACAUCCAAGUACCACUUCACACCCAUCAGUAUGGCUGCUAUUCAAAAAACCAAAAAACAAAAACAAAAACAGGAUAUGGAGUGUUGGAGAGGAUGUGGAGGAAUUGGGAUGCUUCUGGUUACUGCACAUCCUCCAAGUAAUCACCUCCUUUGGAAGAGACUAUUUUCUGAUUACACUGAGAUUCACAGACCCAGGAAAUGUCCUCAGGAAAUGCACUUGGACAGAUGAUGGAAUUAUGAAGGGUCACCACAUACCAGAGGAAAUAUGAAGCAGCAGCUUUGAACACUGAGCAACCAAUUGAGGCAUCCCCAACCCAACUGGGCUUAAUGCAGCUUCACUGAACCUGAUCUGAGACUCACAGCUCCCCGGGAUUGCUACAACUCUAGCUAGAAUGCUGUGCCAGGCACUCCGAAGAUUUGGUAAAAAGCUGGUGCGCAAACAUCCACUGGAGCUACCUGUGGCUGAGACUGCCCCUGCUAGAAGCUUGAGCACUCUGGAUUUAGUGGUCCUGGGUGUGGGCAACACCCUGGGUGUAAGUGUAUAUAUUUUGGCUGGGGAGGUGGCUAGAGAUCAAGCAGGACCAUCUUUUGUGAUUUGCAUUUUGGUGGCUGGCCUAACUUCAGUGUUGGCUGGGCUGUGCUAUGGAGAGAUUAGUGCUCGGGUUCCGCAUUCUGGCUCUGCAUAUCUCUACAGCUAUGUCACUGUAGGUGAACUCUGGGCUUUCAUCACUGGCUGGUUCCUCAUCCUCACCACUUUUGCUCACAUAGGCAUUAGGAUCUGGGCCUGGACCUUAUUCUUUGACAAUCUUUUUGGGAACAAGUUCUCCCUGACCUUGCAGGAGACUUUUUUACCACAAGCUCCUGGUGUUUUUGUAGAAAUUCUAGGCUUCAUUAUUAUGUUCCUUCUAUUAUUGAUCAUGGAAUUGCUGACUCGGAACAUUAGGCAGCUUUCUCUGGUUACCAAAAUGCUCACUUUGGUGAAAGUAUUGGCACUUGGUUUUGUCAUCAUCUCUGGCUUCCUGAAGGGGGACCUGCACAACUGGAAGCUCACAGAAGACGACUACAUAAAGGCUGGACUCAAUGACACCUCUAGCUUGGGCCUUCUGGGCUCUGGAGGAUUUGUGCCUUUUGGCUUCCAGGGGAUUCUCCGUGGAUCAGCUACCUGUAUCUAUGCUUUUACAGGUUUCAACAUUAUUGUUACCAGGGUUGAAUUAGCCCAGAAUCCCAAGUGUUCAAUCCCCAAAAGCAUUAUGAUUUCCCUGUUCAUUUGCUUUUUGGUGUAUUUUGGUGUGUCAGUGGCACUUACACUUAUGGUGCCUUACUACCAACUUCAACCUGGGAGCGCCUUGCCUGAGGCAUUUCUCCAUAUUGGCUGGGCCCCUGCCUACCACUUUGUAAAUGUUGGAUUUUUCUGUAGUCUUUCUACCAAAGUCUUUGGCAACAUGUUCCCCAUACGUCAACAGGUAUACAUGAUGGCAAAGGAUGGCCUCCUAUUCCCUGUCCUUACCAGGAUCCAAACCGGCACAUAUAUGCCCAUUCUGGCUACCAUGAUCAUUUUCAUUGUUGCAACAAUAAUGGCAUUCUUCCUUGGAUUCACUGAUCUCUUGGACCUCAGGUCAAUUGGGGCUCUGUUAGUUUUCACUCUGCUGGCUUUUAUUGUUCUCAUCCUCAGGUAUCAGCCUGAAAGGAAGAAUGGGGGAAAAGAAGCAGAGGUUCUGGGAGAGAAUGAGGGAAAUGAAAUGCAGGUGCAGGAAGAGAAUGAGGGAAAUGAAGCACAGGUGCAAGAGGAGAAUGAGGGAAAUGAAGCACAGGUGCAGGAGGAGAGUGAGGGAAAUGAAGCAGAAGUGCAGGAGAAUAGACCUGCAGCUGAGAGUUUGACUCUGCAGGCACUAUUUUUUCCAGGCAAUCCCACCCCCACUGCACUCUCUGGCUGGGUUGUCUCUGUUUGCUCCUCACUGCUUGUUCUGCUGCUGACUCUUCUCUGUCUGGUGCUGGCCCGGUGGCCAGUUCUGCUUUCUGGAGACCCAGUGUGGAUCACAGUAGUUGUGCUGCUUCUGGUGCUCAUCACUGGGAUGACUGGGGUCAUCUGGAGGCAGCCACAGAGCUCCUCUCCCAUUCACUUUAAGGUACCUGGUCUGCCUCUCCUCCCGCUCCUGAGCAUCUUUUUGAAUAUUUACCUUAUGAUGCAGAUGACAGCUGGCACCUGGGCUCUAUUUGGUUCCUGGGUCCUGGUUGGAUUUGCUAUCUACUUUGGUUAUGGGAUCCGGCACAGCCAGAUUCCUUAAACCCACUUCACUUAGGGCAAAAACUAUAGAUCUUGAACUUAGCGGAGCCAAUACAUAUUUUGUUUGAUAUCAUCACACGAAUGCACUCUGGUUACCCUGCACAAUAAUGGGGAGUGCUCUUGAGCACAGAGAUAGCUAUGCCUCUCUUGGGAUGUUUGUAGAGGAACUCUAAUAGUGCUCUUUAUUUAUUGUGAAGAAUUUUUCUUUUCUCUCUUUCUCUCGUCUACUUUUCAGUUGUGUUUCUACUAUAUACUGGCUUUUAAAAAAGUUCUUAUUGAAAGAACUAUAGGGGGAUGCCUUGGUGGCUCAGCAGUUAAGAGUCUGCCUUUGGCUCAAGGUGUGAUCCUGGAAUCCCAGGAUCGAGUCCCACAUUGGGCUCCCUGCAUGGAAUCUGCUUCUCCCUCUUCCUGUGUCUCUGCCUCUCUCUCUCUGUGUCUCUCAUGAAUAAAUAAAUAAAAUCUUAUGAAAAUGAAAGUUCAGAAAGAGAUGUGGGUAGCUUAGUUUGUUCAGUGUACAAUUCUUGAUUUUGGCUCUAGUCUUUUUUUGUUUUGUUUUGUUUGUUUGUUUGUUUGGCUCCAGUCUUAAUCUCAGAAUCCUGAGAUUGAGACCCACGUCAGUCUCAAUAUCCAGUGUGGAGCCUG